GAAUGUGCAGUGUGUGACUUAUUUACAUGUGCGCGACAUUGUCACCGCGGGGGAUGCAUUUUUCUAAAUUCCCAGGUCUAACCUGAUAACAACGACCCAUUUCGGAAUAGUGUGAUUACCUUUUGACGAAACGAAGGUCACGAAGCGAACUAGCUCUAUGAUGGGAGUUUCUUUUUGAAUUUACACUCCUCAGUAUGCGUGUGUGUAUAAUGCCAUCAAUGAAGUGAAUGAAGUUCUGGCUUCACAUUGCCACCUGUAAUUGCAUUGUCUUUGGAGGGAGAUAAUAAGGUUGGUGUCUGCCUCCAGGCAGGAAUGCCAGAGAUUCUACCGUCUUUAUCUCCGCUCCAGCCGUCAAAGACUUUUUUUGCAAAGUCCGUCUGUCAACUUUGUGGUGUCACAACCGUCAGUGGGUGAGAGGAGCGCCGAACCUUUAUCUGAGGUUCAACAAGAGUGGCCACACAUAAGAUUACAAAGGAGGAGCAGUGAUGAAGGAAGUACGAGGACUAACGAGGUUAUCAUGCCUUUGCCUGGUAGUUUUGACCGGUGUCAUCACACAGAGCCAAGCCCAAGGACCGGGACCGGGACAGGAACCUUACCCUCUCCCUCAGCAGCAGCCUGAUCUUGGUGGUGGCCCACCGGCCGAUGGUCGGCAGCAGUACAGCGUGAUUAGCGGAGCUAACGUCUGUGGACCAAGGUUAUAUGCGUACUGUUGCCCUGGCUGGCAGUUCCACCCUGGUCUUCAACAGUGCACAAAGCCAAUAUGCAGUCGGCAGUGUAGUGGUAAUUUCUGCAGAACACCAAAUACUUGCUUGGGACAAGGAUGCUCCGGGUUCGGCGGCUGUGACGGGGGUGGUGGUGGUGGGGGCGGUGGUGGUGUAGGGCCACCAGUCGAUCCUGUCUGUAAUCCUGCAUGUUUAAAUGGAGGCAGGUGCGUGGGGAAUAACAUGUGCUCUUGUCCCUACGGAUUCAUGGGGGACAGAUGCGAAACAGAUUAUCGCACCGGGCAAUGUUUCAGCCAGUUCAGACUCGGCGUCUGCACUGGGGAGAUUAACGGACUGAGGUGCACCAAGGCUCUUUGCUGCUCAACCAUCGGCCAAGGAUGGGGUAACCCUUGCGAGGCCUGCAUUACCUUUGAAAGUCCAUGCGAGAGGGGUUUCGUCAUUGAUGCAAGAACAGGACAAUGCACAGAUGCCAAUGAAUGUCAUGUCGUUCCUGGUCUAUGCCAAGGGGGCACCUGCACCAACACCAUCGGCUCAUACGUCUGUGAAUGCCCACAAGGGUAUGCCCUUAACCUUCUUACUCAGGCAUGCGAAGAUAUUGAUGAAUGCAUCUCCAUCUCUAACAUCUGUAUUGGAGGAGAGUGCCGUAAUACUCUAGGAGGGUUUCAGUGCAUCUGCCGAGCGGGAUACACACUGAGUCAAGAUGGAACCAGCUGCUCUGGAGGCUCUGGUCCUGCUGAGGGUGUUUGUUUUGUCAACUACAACCCAUCGACUGAAGAGUGUUCGGGUGAGCUGACUCGAAUCAUGACGCAGAGGGAAUGCUGCUGUAGUCUGAGUGCUUCGCAGGGCUACGGUGCAGACAGGGAGACUUGUCAACCAUGCCCAAACAGAAACGAAGCUGCCUACUCUAUACUGUGUAGACAACCGGGGCAGAACCUGACUGACUUCUGCAGUCGCAACCCGACAAUCUGCACCAAUGGUGCCUGCACGAACCUGGGGGCUGAUCGCUACCGCUGUGAAUGCAACGAGGGCUUCCAACCACAGACACAGAACAUCUGUACUGAUAUUAACGAAUGCUACGAGCUUGGACGCUGUGCCAAUGGUCAAUGUGUUAAUGUUCAGGGGUCUUACUACUGCCAGUGUAAUCCUGGAUUUGAUCUGACUGAGGACAGGAUGUCAUGUCAAGAUAUCAAUGAAUGUAGAGUGAAUGUUAAUGUAUGUCUACAUGGUACCUGCCAGAAUACAUUAGGAUCCUAUGACUGUCUGUGCUUUCCAGGCUACAAAGCAUCGGUGGAUUCUAGAUACUGCGUUGACAUCAAUGAAUGUAACAACCGUGGUGUAUGCAUCAACGGUGACUGUGAGAAUCUAGGAGGUAGCUACAAGUGUGUAUGCCAGGAGGGGUACAAGGAGUCUUCACAGCCUGGACAGUGUAUCGAUAUCAACGAGUGCGAGCUCGGCGAUCAAUGCGGCCAUAUGGGCGAUUGUAUCAACACCCAGGGAAGCUAUCGAUGCCAUUGCCCCAUGGGAUACACGCAAGGGGGAAGCGGAUGUGAAGAGAGUCGUCAUGCCUACUGCUCCCUGCACAGUCGGGACGGUCAGUGCACCAUCCGGUCAACCAUUCAAGUGACCAUCUCCCAGUGUUGCUGUAAUGUUGUCACGAUGGAGAAAUCUGCUGGAUGGGGGCCAACGUGCCAGCCUUGCCCCUCCCAGGGCACAAUGCAGUGGGAGAAAAUGUGCUCUCAGGGACCCGGACGUGACAGUCUUGGCAUCAAUAUCAAUGAGUGUAUGCUAUAUGGAGAUCUCUGUGCCAAUGGUAUGUGUGAGGACUUAGUGGGUAACUACCACUGCAGGUGCAAUGCAGGAUUCGAACCUGACGUCACUGCCAAGGAUUGUCAUGAUAUCAAUGAAUGUGCCAUCAAUAGACUUCUGUGCAAUGGUGGAGCCUGCCGUAAUUCACCAGGGAGCUAUACGUGUGAAUGCCCAGAUGGAUACGAGUUUGAUAUCUCAAGCGUACAGUGCAGAGAUAUCAAUGAGUGUUUGAGAGAUAGCCAGUGCCUGAACGGUAGAUGUCAGAACACCCUCGGCAGCUACCGCUGUGAGUGCACAAUCCCUGGAACUGAUCUGGAUGAAUCUGGUAGAGCUUGUGUUGACAAUCGUCUGGGUACCUGUUGGACGGAGAUUCGCUCGGGGCGCUGUGAGGCUGAUAUCAUGGGGCUAAUGAAGAAAGCUCACUGCUGUGCAACCUUUGGCCAGGCUUGGGGUAGUCCUUGUGAUGCCUGCCCAAUGUCUCUCGGUGACUGCCAGAGAGGCUACACCAUGAAGAAUGGCAAAUGUGAAGAUAUCAAUGAGUGUGAAUUGAACCCAAUGGUUUGCCGUAAUGCCGAAUGUCAGAAUACCGUUGGCUCCUUCAGGUGUAUGUGUGGAACCGGACUCACUCUAGAUACCUCUGGAAUGAACUGCAUUGAUUUGAGGAGUUAUCAGUGUUUCCUGGACUUCUCGGAGGGCAGUUGUUUAGAGCCCAUCCAGGGAUUGUAUCGUAACUCUGUCUGCUGCUGUGCUAUGGGUAAAGCUUGGGGAAGCCUCGGCCAGUGCAUCUCAUGCCCAAUACCAGGAUCAGCUGACUACAAUUUACUGUGCUCACGAGGCGGUGGCUUUGCUGACACCAGACCCACUCAAGAUCUCAUGGAUGGAACAAUCGUUCUUUUAGAUAUUAAUGAAUGCAGCAUUUUCCCUGAUGUGUGCUCCAAUGGCAACUGUCGCAACAUGAUUGGUAGCUUCGGCUGCGAGUGUAACAUGGGAUUUGCUCUGGAUCAGUACAACUACCACUGUGUUGAUAUUGAUGAAUGUCGUAUUGCCUUUGGUGCCUGCGGUAAUGGAACCUGUGAGAAUCGUCCUGGAAGCUUUGUGUGUAACUGCCAUGAUGGAUACGAGACCUCUAUGAUGAUGCAGAUGUGUACAGAUAUUGAUGAGUGUACAAGCAUUGCGGGUAUCUGCCGAGGUGGUCAGUGCAUCAAUACGGCCGGCUCCUUCCAGUGUCUCUGCCCACCUGGUCAAGAACUCUCUGACGAUGGACGGGCUUGCAAAGAUAUUGACGAGUGUUCUCGUGGGCAUGAUGUUUGUUCUAACGGCCACUGUAUGAACAUGGUGGGUGGUUUCAGGUGCAUGUGUAACCCAGGCUUCAGACCGAGUAUGAACUUCAAGGCAUGUGAAGAUAUGGAUGAGUGUCAGAUGGAAAAUGGUGGCUGUGAACAAACUUGCGUAAAUACUCCCGGCAGCUUCAAUUGUGUCUGUGAUAUCGGGUAUGGCUUGAUGCAUGGACAGAGACACUGCAGGGAUAUCGAUGAGUGUUCUGAGAGUGUGGACAUCUGCGGUGGAGGAGUCUGUGAGAACAGCCCAGGAUCCUACAGCUGUACCUGCCUGGAAGGUUUCAGGAUAUCUCCCGAUUACUCCAGCUGCAUUGAUAUCAAUGAGUGCACGAUGGCGGAAGACAUCUGUGGUGCAGGAACGUGCUUGAACACCCAGGGAUCUUACAACUGUCGCUGUGAUACUGGCUUCGCUAUCCAAGGAGCAUUCCUCAGCUGUCUCGAUAUUGAUGAAUGUACCAUGGGUAUACAUAACUGUGCAAUGAACUCACAGUGUGUUAACAACAGAGGCUCCUUCCGCUGUCAGUGCAAUUCUGGAUUCUUCCCCAACUUUGACUCCUGUAACGAUAUUAAUGAGUGUGCCAUUCAGACUCAUCAGUGUGAUCGCGACAACGCCGUGUGUAUGAACACAGAGGGGUCUUAUGAGUGCAUCUGCAAUGAGGGAUUCUCUGGAGAUGGACUCAAUUGUAACGAUGUGGAUGAGUGCAUGAGGAAUCCAUUGCUGUGUCCCAACGGUCAAUGCCUCAACACACCGGGGUCCUAUCAAUGUGAUUGUGAUAUGGGUUUCUUACCAACAGAGAAUAAUGCUGACUGUGAAGACAUUGAUGAAUGUACCAUCUCGUUCAUCUGUAUCUUUGGUACAUGCAUCAACGUUCCAGGCACAUUCCGUUGUGAGUGCAAUGACGGCUUCCAGUUAGAUGCCGGUGGCGCCAACUGCACAGACUUGAAUGAGUGUGAUGAGCCAGAGACGUACUGUGUAAGCGGAACCUGCACCAAUAACAUCGGUAGCUAUACCUGUGAAUGUCCAGAGGAUUAUACUCUUACUCCCGAUGGCACCGUCUGUUUAGAUGAGAGGCGAGGUCUGUGUUACGCCAACAGCCCCGACCGUGGUGACUUGGUGGGCUUAACAUGCUCUACCAUCCUCGGCCGUUCCAUCACCCAUUAUGCUUGCUGCUGUUCACUGGGUACUGGAUGGGGGGAUCCAUGUGAACCCUGCCCAGCCGCUAACACAACUGAGGAGAAGAUGCUGUGUCCUAAUGGUCAAGGGUUCGAACCCCUUGUCCCCAUCAUUCCCAAUGAGAUCAAUGAUAUUGAUGAGUGCAUCCUCUUCCCCUUCCUGUGUGCCGGGGGUCAGUGUGAGAACGUCGUGGGUAGCUACAUCUGCAUCUGCCCAGUCGGUUACACACUGGAUGUAGACUCCAAAUCUUGCAGGGACAUCAACGAGUGUGAGCUUAACUUGUACAUCUGUGGUCCAGGAACCUGUAUGAACACCAUUGGGAACUAUACCUGUAUGUGUCCACCUGGAUUCAUGCUGAUGGAUAUGUUCAGUGGACGCAACUGCAUGGAUAUGCGUCAGCUACCAUGCUACCAUGACUUCAAUGAAACCACAGAGCCUCAGUGUUCAUCCUCAUAUGGCAUGAACCUGACUCAGAAGAUGUGCUGCUGCAGUGGUCUAUCUGGGGCAGCCUGGGGAGCUCCUUCAUGCUCAAAGUGCCCUGAUAUGUUCUCAGAGGAAUUCCGUAUCAUGUGUGGUAUUGCUCCAGGAUUCUUCAUCGACCCAAACACUGGACUUCCAAAAGAUAUCAACGAGUGUGAAGUAUCUGACUUGUGUCUGAAUGGAGCUUGUAUUAACCUGGAAGGAACUUUCCGUUGUGACUGUCUACUUGGGUAUCGAUACGAUGCCAUGAAAUACCAGUGUACUGAUAUUGAUGAAUGUGCCGAGGGAAUGUCUUACUGUCGCAGUAACGCAAUCUGUAGAAACACCAUUGGUAGCCAUGUAUGUGAGUGCAGGGCUGGAUACACAUUGGCUUCUAACAAUGUGGCUUGCAUUAAUAUUAAUGAGUGCCGAGAGUCACCCAACAUUUGCGGUAGGAACGGCCGCUGCAUUGACAUCCCAGGGACGUAUCGCUGCGAUUGUAAUAUCGGAUUUGCAGCAUCUUAUGACGGAAAGUCUUGUGACGAUAUUGAUGAAUGCCAGCAACGUAUCGGAAACAUCGGAGUUUGUGGCAACGGGACGUGCCGCAACACCUUCGGCUCCUAUGAGUGUGAAUGCUUCGGGGGGUAUGAGCUUGGACAGAACAAAGACUGCAUUGAUAUCAAUGAGUGCAUCACCGGAGCUGGACAAUGUUUUAAUGGUCGCUGUGUCAAUAUCCCUGGUGGUUUUUACUGUGACUGUUUCACUGGGUUUGAGCCUUCAUACAGUGGAGAGAUCUGUGAUGAUAUCAACGAGUGUGCGAAGCAGCCACUCCUGUGCCCAGGAGGUAGAUGCCAGAAUCUGAUUGGAUCCUUCCAGUGCGUCUGUAAUGACGGCUACUUACUCUCUCCAAAUGGUCAAGAAUGCUUAGAUACUGACGAGUGUGCCACUCUAUCCAACCCUUGUCUUGAUGGUGUGUGUGUGAACACUCUGGGAAGCUUCUACUGCGAGUGCCAACCGGGCUUUCUGCCUACCAGCGAUGGACUCACAUGUGUCGAUUCGCGAGAGCUUGUUUGCUUCACCGGUUUUGAGCGAGGUCAGUGCAUCGUUCCCUUGGAUGGUAACCACACCCUGACGGAGUGCUGCUGCAGUAUGGGGUCUGGAUGGGGACGACCGUGCAGUCUAUGCCCUCUGCCAACCUCAACCGAAUACCAGCAGUUGUGUAAGAAGGGACCGGGCUACGCCCCCGACAUUUUCCCAGACGUCUUCGAAGACAUCAACGAGUGCAAACAAUUCCCCGAUAUCUGUGAGAAUGGCUACUGUAUCAACAUGGAUGGAUCAUUCCGCUGUGAUUGUGAUCAGGGAUUCGUCUUAGAUUCAACGGGCCACACUUGCAUAGAUGUGGAUGAAUGUGAAGACACUCUGAGUGCCUGUGGUCUCAAUGCAACCUGCAUCAACACGGCCGGAUCUUAUGAAUGUAUUUGUGGAUCAGGUUAUCAACAAAGUAGAGAUGGAAAAUGUCACGAUAUUGAUGAGUGUCGUCGUGAUCGAGACUAUUGUGCCUUCCGUUGCCAGAACCUUCCUGGGUCCUUCCGCUGCAUCUGCCCCCACGGCUUCGUCAUCACCGAUGAUGGUAGACACUGCAGAGAUUUGGAUGAGUGUCAGACGUCUGCCAAUAACUGCAGGUACAUGUGUAAGAACCUGAUUGGUAAAUUCAUGUGCACCUGCCCAGAAGGUUACUCCGUCAUGGGUGGCAACGGAAACAUGUGUAAAGACAUCAAUGAGUGUUUGAAUAACCCUUGCGCUAAUGGACGUUGUGUAAACAUGGAAGGAACAUACUCGUGUGACUGCAACACCGGCUACAUCCCGUCCUUCGAUGGCAAACAGUGCAAAGAUCAGCGCUCUGGUGUGUGUUAUGCAACAUUGGACGACUCAUGCUCAGCACCAGCUAACACUGUACCAGUCACCAAGGAUUCCUGCUGUUGCAGUGGAGGUCUGGCUUGGGGAUCUCAGUGUGAAGCCUGCCCCAACUUUGCUACACCGGAAUUCAACACCCUCUGCCGAGAGAACCCCAACCCCAUCAUGGAUCCAUGUACACAGAUCGUUGGUCUGUGCUCCAACGGUCAGUGCAUCUCAGCUCAAGGUGGUUUCCUCUGUCAGUGUCACACGGGAUAUGUUCUUACACCCGAUGGAUCAUUCUGUAUUGAUGAAGACGAGUGCAGCCGAAAGAUCAACCCAUGCCCGUAUGAUUGUCAGAAUACCAUUGGAAGCUACACUUGCGGUUGUGGUGAAGGAUUCACCAUGGGUUUCGAUGGUGUCACCUGCGUUGACAAGAAUGAGUGUGUCCUAGGAACCCACGAUUGCCAGUUUGACUGCUAUAACACCCGGGGUGGAUACGAGUGUAGAUGUCCUGAUGGUAUGGCACCCAAAGACGGCUCCUGUGUCAAUGUAGACGUGUGCGCAGUCAACCCAGAUGUCUGUGGCCCGUAUGGUACGUGCCGUACCGUGCCUAACGGUCACACCUGUGAAUGCCAGCGUUUUUUCACCUUGGACCCUACCGGCAAAAGAUGCGUGGAUGUCGAUGAGUGCCAAAGUCCGGGUACCAGGUGCCAGUAUGGAUGUAUUAACACGGUUGGUGGUUACCGGUGUAACUGUCCCGAUGGCUUCUCUCAGCAUUACUACUGGAAUCGCUGCGUCGACGACAAUGAGUGUAACCAAGGGGCCAUCUGUGGCCAGGCAUCAUGUUACAAUACGGAAGGAUCAUAUCGCUGUGGAUGUUCAGGAGGUUACAACUUUGAUCAACAAAACAUGCUGUGUACAGAUGUGAAUGAGUGCUCUGGUGGGUUUGGUGGUGCUGGUUACCAGCCCUGCUCCUACGGAUGUCAAAACUCACAGGGAAGCUUCUCCUGUGGGUGUCCUCAGGGUUAUACCAGCGUGGCUCAAGGUGCUUGUGUAUCAACAUACGGACGUGGUUACGGACAGCAGCAAAACUAUGGUCAACCUACACAGUCACAGUACGGCCAACAACAGUACGGCCAACAACAGUACCGCCAACAACAACAACAACAGUAUGGCCAACAACAACCACAACCACAGUAUCGCCAAAACGGACAACAGUCUUACGGUCAAACAGGCCAGACCCAGCAAACCCGAGGCACUGUUCAGAAGCCCUGCUACCACUGUCAACUCAACUCUGGUAGAACAAGACGAGAUGUGGAUGCUGCCCUCGAUGUCCCAGAUCUGAACGACACCGUGGCGAUCGAGAAUACGCUACCCAUCGAGGAAACUAAUAACACGGUUGAAGUGGUCCCGACCAACAGCACCGAGACGGCAGAGAAUUUCCUCGGUGUCCACGCCAAACCAGGAGCAGUUGUGUCUCUAAAGCUGCCAAUCCACAUGGCGCGACGACGAUUCCGUGUGGCUAGAUUCCUGACGGGUUAUUCAAAGGACAUCGGUACGAUGGAGUACAAAUUGGUGACCGGUGACGAGGGCGGGUUCUUUAUCAUCCAAAACAAGCAGGAGGGUGUCGCCUUGGUGCGCAUACACAAGGCCAUCAAGAAACCCACCGUCUUCAAGCUGGAGGUCGAAGGGCAAUUGAAACCAAAGGAUGAGGAAAUUGCUGAGGCGCUACCGGAGGAGAUGAGUAAAUCCAUCAUGUUUGAGAUUGAGGUACACGUCGUAGCUAGUGUGGAGUAAGGAAAUCACCGGAGUACAUGCAUCUGUGAUUUUUACGUCAUAAUUGGUGCUAUUUAACACUUGGCUGUAAAAGUCUUAGGACCCUUUUUUUAAUUAAUGGUCUUUUUUUUUUUACAAAGAAAGAAAAUCAUUAUCCCAAAGGAUUUUUGGUCAGAAGGUGCUUUUAAAUAAUCUGUCUUAAUACUGUAUCGGCCGGCAAUGCUGUAGUAAAGACAAUUUUAAAAAUUAGAUUUGUUAGAUGUAGUCCACUAUGCAUUAACAUGUUUAGGCUAGUUAUAUUUAUAUUAUUCAAAUAAUUUGUUUCUUUUCCGUUUUUUGGAUUUGUUAACAGCAGUUUAACUAGGAUGGUGAAUCAUAGUGUUGCUUUGUAAAUACGCUCUUCUGAUCAUUCUUAUUUCAGGUUUUUAUACUUAAAAGGCUAUUUUUUAUCUGUCAAGUGUUAAAACAGGGUAUGUUAAAAGAGAAAUAGCAACCGCCUGAUAAUCCCUCAGGCCGGGUCAUUUCUCAUAGAGCUGAAAGUAACAACAGCUAAGGAAAAACAAGAACUAGUCACAAACAGUACAUAGCGAAGAAAUUGUGGCCGGUAAGCAAAAUAAUUUGUUUGGCUUUGCCAUUUUCUUUAUGGGAAUUGGCCACAGUGUUGAGUGCUGAUUACAGUUUAUCCAAAGUUGGGCAUACCAUGUUUCCACCAAAACUGUCUGAGCGAACUUGGUGGGAGGGUUGGAGUUCGACUUGACUGAGCAUUUCAAAAUCUGUCAAUAUUUAUAGCGUUCUCAAUUACUGUAAAGAAACAAUAUUGAAUCCAGUGUGAUCACUGCCAUCUAUUGUAGUAGAGGCGUCAUGUUUUGAGGCAUUAUAACAUUCUUCUGAUGAGAAGGUAUUCUGAUGAAUACUGUAAAGGGGGUCUCUUCGAAAAUAUGAUGCUGUAGUUUGUAGAAAAACAUACCAUCGGUGUUUUCAAACACGUAGACAGGGAAACCGUGUUUUCUUUAAAAAUACAGGGUGGAUCUGGGGUCGAAUUCACAAAGAGUUAGGACUAGUCUUAACUUAUAAGAGAU